AUGAUAUUCCGCCGUCUGGGAAAUUCUGGUCUUCAAGUCUCUGUUAUCGGUCUGGGCGGAUGGCUCACAUUUGGAGGAACCGUACAGGGAGAUCCAGUUAAGGAGAUCAUCAAGAUAGCAUUUGAGGCGGGCAUCAAUUAUUUCGAUACCGCCGAGGUGUAUUCCGCAGGCAAGAGCGAAACAGAGAUGGGCCGAGUGUUCAAAGAACUUGGCAUCCGUCGUUCCGAUCUCGUUCUUAGUACCAAAAUCUUCUUUGGGAAUGCUGGACGGAAUGGACCAAACGAUCGUGGUUUAUCGAGGAAACAUAUCAUCGAAGGACUUUGCGAUUCCCUUGAACGCCUUCAAACGGACUAUGUGGAUAUUGUGUUCGCGCAUCGUGCGGAUCCGAACGUACCAAUGUUAGAAAUCGUCCGAGCGUUUAGCUGGCUGAUCGAACAAGGCAAAGCGUUUUAUUGGGCUACGAGCAUGUGGAGUGUGGAACAGAUCGAGGAAGCUCAUCAGAUUGCGGAGAAGUAUAACCUGCAUGCUCCUAUUGCGGACCAAGUACGUUACAGCGCCUUGGCUCGAGAACACGUCGAGAAAGAUCUCCUCCCCGUAUUCGAGAAGUACAACUACGGAACGACCGUCUGGUCACCCCUAGCUGGAUCGUUGCUAACGGGGAAAUACAACCAUGGGCAAAUCCCACCUGAUAGCCGACUUGCAAAGCACUCUUCGCUCGAUUUUGUUCAGAAGCAGGUGGAAUCCUUGAAAGGUGAGUCGGGGAAGGCGACGAUUGAAAAGGUGAAGAAGUUGUUGGAGAUUGGGAGGAGGGAGUUUGGAGAAGAGGUUACUACUGCCCAAGUUGCGUUAGCGUGGGCUGCCAAGACUAAGAACGUCGCAACACUUAUCGUAGGGGCAUCAAAACCUGAGCAGCUGGUGGAGAAUUUGGGAGCUAUCAAGCUGAUCCCAAAGUUGACGGAGGAAGUGUACGAGGAGAUUUCAAAGCUGUUUUCGUGA